AGAAAAUAGGUCAUGUUGGAUAUUGAUUGGUUAAUAAAGGGAGUAGCAGUAGCAACUACUUCUAUGGGAAUUCUCAAACAUGGCAAAGAAAGUUCAGCGAGCAGGUCAUACGUUGGGACUUAAAGGCUAGAGCAAUAGGGAUUUGACCACUAGGCCAGGAAAAAAGAAGAGAAUUUGCUAGGCGAAGCAUAUGUAGUAUCAGACAAACUGAUCAUGGAGGCAGACAACAAAGUCCAUCCAAUACCUGAGGUUGAAAGAACUUCAGAGGUUGAAAAUGUUAAGGAUCCCAUUCAAGGUAACAACGGAAAAGCUGAGGGUGAAAAUAUUUUUGAAUCACCCUCAGUUGCCAAGGCUGUUGAAGGAAUUAGCAGUUCAAUGGAAGUCCAUGUGUCAGUCGAUACACCAAACAAGUCAGGCGAAGAGAUGUCAGGGAUUUCAUUCCACUUUGGGGAGAAAACAGAAGACCAAAAAGUAGAAAUCAGCUCAAAUGAAAAUAUUUCUUCAGACGGAUACACACAAAAUGUAAAAGAAUCAGCAACUAGCUCGGACAAGGAUGAGGGAUGCAUGACACAAGAAAAACCCAAUGGACAUUUGACAAAGACAAUCUCAAGUCAGAUUGUACACAUGCUAAGCUAUGAAGAGAGUACCACAGAACAUUUACUAGAGGAUACAACAGAAAAAGAAAAAGUUUGUCAUGAAGAUGACAGCACAAAGCAUGUACCUGAUACCGACAAAGGAAGAGACUCAUGUGAAACAAUCAUUGAAGGAAAAGAAGAAAAAGAGACAAUGUCAUCCAUUUUAGAAAGAACAGAAGGGACAAACGCUGAAGCAAUAAAAUCACCUGGUCACACGAAGGAUGAGAAAGCACUCAAAGAUGAGAAAGACUACGAUGAUGAUAGAAGUAUUUUCAUCUCCCCCCAAACAGAGUGCCAAACAGGAGAGGAUGAGAAAAAAGUGACAGGAGAUGGAGAGGGUGCAAGGAAUCUGCUUGUUAACCCAUUUGUUAAUGUUGUAGAAGAAACCAGGUUAGAUGAUGCUGAAUCAGAUACGAGCAGGAAACAUGGGGACAACUCAAUUGAGAAUGGAAACCAAGAAGCACAUCAGUUUAACGAAAUAAUAAUAAAUACAACAUCCAAGGACAUUGAUGAUAUUCAGAGCUCAGACAUAUUGGUAUCUUCGUUUACAGAAGAAAGAGAGGACAUAGCCCCCAAAGAAGAUACCAAUUCUGCACCAUUAAGAGAUGUCAUCAGAACUGUCUCAGAGAAUGAUGCCAACACGAGCCGGCAUGAAGAAGAAAACCAAACCAAGAUGUUUGAGAAUGCCACUAUAAUUGAUCGCAGAGCAAGUAAAGCAAAUGAGUCUGGAAAAAACCAUGUCCAAAUUGUUGAUGAUUCACAGGUAGCGUGCGAGGAAAAUGUGCAAAGGAAAACUGACCAGCUGGACAUGCCAGAAGGCUCAAAAAGAGAAAGUAGAGAUGACGAAGCAUCAGAAAUUGCAGCAGAAGGGCAGGAAAUUGCUGAAAUUCCAAAAGAUAACAAGUCAAAUGACAUCCUUUUGGAAAAUGAAGUGGAAAAGAAUCUCACUGAACUCUUGCAUGUCACUGGUGACGAGAUUGGAAACUCAUCUUUCGGGGAACUUAUAGAGACAACAUCCGACCAUAAGCUUGAUACAGCCACCAGUUCAGAAGAUAUCCAUGGUGGUUUGAAGGGAAAAUGCAACAUGGAUGACAAUAAGGAAGAGAAUAUGCCAGUUGUAGACUCGAACGACAAGACCAAGAAUGAAAUUUCAUGCAAUACCAAUCAUGACGCUGUUGACUAUCCAGCAGUUGAGGAAAAACUUGAAGAACCAGCAGUUGAAGAAAAACAUGAAGAACCAACGGUUGAAGAGAAACCUAGAGAACCAGCAGUUACGGAGAAACAUGAAGAACCAGCGAUUGAGGAAAAACCAGCCGUGGAAGAAAAACUUGAAGAACCAGAGGUUGAGGAGAAACAUGAAAAACUAGCAGCUGAAGAGAAACCUAGAGAACUAAUAGUUGAAGAAAAAGCUGAAGAACCAACACCGGAAGAACUAGAAUUUGAAGAGAAACCUGAAGAACCAUCUGUUGAAGAAAUACCUGAACAAUUAGUAGUUGAAGAGAAAUCUGAAAAACCAGCGGUUAAAGAGGAGAAGUCUGAAAAGAAUAUGUCAGUUGUAGAUUUCAAUGAGAAGACUGACAGUGAAAUUCAAUGCAAUACCAACAAUGAUGUUGCCGACUAUUUAUCAGUUGAGGCAAACCUUGAAGAACCGGAGUUGAAGAAAAACCUGAAGAACCAACGGUUGAGAAGAAACCUGAAGAACCAUCAAUUGAGGAGAAACGUGAAACACCAGCAUUUGAGAAGAAACCUGAAGAACCAAUAAUUGAGGAGAAACCUGAAGAACAAACAAUUGAAGAGGAGAAACAUGAAAGGAUAACUCUCCUGGAAAAGUUCUUCUUGCAGAGUAUUCCAGUUGUAGUCUCGAACGACAAAACUGAAAGUAAAACUCCAAGCAUUACAAACAAUAAUGCUGCUCACUUUU